AAGUUUUGUCGAAAAUGAAGUAUAUCGGCUUUGUCGCCAUCGCCUUUUUGCUGAGUCUGUCCGGCAGUCGUUUAUGGGUGCAUGCCAAGCCGGAGAUGUGCCAGCAGCCCUCUUCGAUGGUGGGCAUGGCGCAGGAUGGAGCUGCCUGCAUGGCUUUUAUGCCGGCCUGGACCUAUGAUGCCUCCAAAAACGCCUGCACCGAGUUCAUUUUCGGUGGCUGCGGUGGAAACUCCAAUCAGUUCUCUACCAAGAGUGAAUGCGAAAAGGCCUGCAAGGACUAAAGAAAUACGAAAUCACAUCUUCACAUCUUGGGCAAAACCCACAGCCUAAAACAAAACAAUCUUGUAACUUAAAAGCCAAAACAAACAGUCGGCAAUCUGGUUUCGCAAAAUGGCAAACAAAAUAAAAACCAUACUCAACAAU